UUUUCUUCUCUUACAUUGUGCUAUCUGAACGAAGAAUAAUGUCAACGUCCGAGUUGUCUGCCGCCUGGAACGCGUUGAGCAGUAGGCUGGUGCCACUGUCUGCUUUGGGGGUGGCUGCACCAAGGUCAGACAUGGGGGUCCACUUUGAGGAGUCUGAGAUGAAUGAAGCCCUGUUUAUUUUACGGAGGAAUGGCAUGCAUCCUAUUUUGGAGGAAUGGUUCACAGAAGUGUUACAAACUGAUCUUCAGAAAAACAUUGCCCUAGAGUUCUGGAAUUGCAUCUCCCAGCAGGAGAACCAAGUGACAGAACAGCAGUGUUCACAGUUGCUGCUUGAUGCUUUUUGUCUUCUUCAGCGUCGACUUGAGCCCUAUCUAAACAGCUUAGAGUUGCUGCAGCGCUGGACUGAGGCUGGAUGGCUGCUUGGGUGUGGCUCUCGAACACUGUGGGAGAAGGCUUGCACCAUGUUUAAGGCCAUCCUUUUCUUCACCACCAAUAAGCCUUUCCAAGAAAUGAUCCAGCAGUUCUACAACCGAUCCUUUCAAAUUUAUAUGCUUCAAAGGAGGAAGGCUGUAUUGGGAGAAGACUCCAUGAGUGAAAGUGAGAUGGACAGUGAUGCAAAAGAGAAAGGAAGUGAAUGCAGAGGUUGUGAUCUCAGUAAAAGGCAGUGCUGGUGUGCAGUAGCAGUGGACCAUUUUCAGCAGGUCAAUGACAUUCUGAGAAGGCUGAAUCUGCUGGAAAGGGUGAGCUCAGAGGCUGUGACUACCAUUCUUCACAAGAUGAUUGAAGAAAGAAUGAAGAGAAAAUGCAAGGAAAACUACGUCAGAUCAUUUCUUGGAGAUUUCCAGGAGUUUAUUGAAAAGGUGGUUGGCUGGCUUAGUAAAGUAUAUCUUAAAGAGGGAGAGAGUGCAACUUCUCUUGACGCUAGCAGUUCCUUGAAACAGUGGAAGUGCCACGUUCAGUGCUUUUUCUACCGAAUCUAUGCAGGCAUGAGGAUAGAGGAACUUUUUAAUAUAAUUCGAGAUUUCCCAGAGUCUAAACCAGCUAUUGAGGAUCUGAAGUACUGUCUGGAACGAACUAAUUUGAGGCAACAACUUUUGGCAUCACUAAAAUCAGCCCUGGAAACCAGGCUCCUGCACCCUGGUGUGAAUACAUCAGACAUCAUUACUCUUUAUAUCUCUGCCAUCAAAGCGUUAAGAGAACUGGACCCAUCCAUGGUUCUUCUAGAGCUCGCUUGUGAACCCAUUCGUAAGUACCUACGGACAAGGGAUGAUACAGUGCGACAGAUUGUAGCAGGUCUAACAGGCGAUGCUGAAGUGUCAAGUGAUCUGGCAAAUGAACUUUCAAAGGCUGACCCAGUGACUUUAGAAAAUGGACAAGAGAGUGAUGAUGACAUUUUAGAACCAGAGGACUGGAUACCAGAUCCCAUUGAAGCUGAUCCAGGAAAAUGUGGCUCCAAGCGCCGGUCUUCUGACAUUGUGAGUUUGCUGGUCAGUAUCUAUGGAAGCAAGGAUCUCUUCAUUAAUGAAUACCGGAGCCUGCUGGCAGACAGAUUGCUACAUCAGUUCCACUAUAUUGCAGAAAGGGAGAUUCGAAACGUUGAGCUGCUGAAACUUCGCUUUGGAGAAGCCCAGAUGCAUUUCUGUGAGGUCAUGCUGAAGGACAUGGCUGACUCUCGACGAAUCGAUUCAAACAUUCGAGAUGAAGAAGCUAAGCUUAGUGAAGAAGAGAAACCUACUUUUGUGCUAAGUGCAAUGAUUCUUUCAAGUGAGUUCUGGCCUUCACUCAAAGAAGAAAAACUGGAACUCCCAGAUGAGGUUAAGCAAGUCAUGGAUGCUUAUACCAAGAAGUACGAGAAACUAAAGGCUAUGAGAACACUGAACUGGAAGCCCCACCUCGGACUGGUACGGCUUGAUGUGGAGCUGUCUGAUCGAACUGUGAAUCUUUCUGUUUCACCAGUGCAUGCUGCAAUUAUCCUUCAGUUUCAGAAUAAAAGUACAUGGACUUUGGAAGAACUAAGUGAAACUUUGAAGGUUCCAGAAGGGUCACUAAGGCGAAAAAUGGCACUGUGGCUGCAGCAGGGUGUGUUGCGUGAAGAUUCUCCAGGUACCUUCAGUGUCAUUGAGGAACAGCAACAGGAUAAUGUAGAGAAAGUCGUUCUUAUUGAUAGUGAUGAAGAGGAGGAGUCUGCUAUGGCAUCACAGGCUGACCAGAAAGAAGAAGGGUUACAGCUAUUUUGGACCUACAUACAGGCAAUGUUAACCAACUUGGAGAGCCUGCCUCUGGAGCGGAUCCAUAACAUGCUAAAAAUGUUUGUGAUGACGGGACCUGUGGUGCCAGAGAUUGAUCAACAGGAGCUGCAAGUCUUCUUGCAGAAGAAAGUCUUAGAACAGCAGCUUGUUUACUGGGGUGUGUAUCGUAUCCCCAAGAAUUCUCGAUAGCACUUACUGAAAAAGUAACUUUAAAAUUAUUAUUGGCUAAACUGCUAUACACCAGUAAACUUACCAAAAGGCUUGGGUCCACAAUACAAAAAAAAAAGUGUCAAAACAAGUCAGUCUGAGAAUCACAGGCAAGUGAAAAGGAUUGCUGAUGGACUGAUAUUUUUUUAAAUAGACCUGCUACAUAAUGAAGUGGUGGUUGCUUCUGCUAAAGUAACAGGAUAAUAUAAAGGUGUGCUUUGCACGUCAGAGUAUAACUCACUGUAGAAGAUUUGUGAUAAAAUCACCAAAGUUAAAUAUUUUUAUAUGGUCAUGGCCGCUCAUUCAACAUGUUAAUUAUUUUAUUUUCAGUUAUCUGUUAUUGCUGUUACAGCCUCACUUUUAGUGCUCAGAAAGACCAGUGGGUAGAGAAUGAAAAAAGAAAAUCUUUGGUACUGAUCAAGUGAGUCUGAGCCUGCAUUGUUUUACUGUUUUCAUUAAAUUCCUUUAUAUUUGUCUGAAGAAACACCACUUUAUCAACUGUAUUAAAUGAUUUUCAUCAGA